UCUACUUCUCCAAACAGAAUGAAGCUUUCUAAACCAUGUUUUGUUGCUUUCUGGUUAAUGUAUUUUCAAGUGGUUCUUCUUUUUACUCUGAACUUAUCUCAGUUACCAAUAGCUAGAGCCAGUAGUGCAUUAGGAAAUGAGACUGAUAUGCUUGCUUUGCUUAAAUUCAAACAGUCAAUCUCCAAAGACCCUCAUGGAAUUCUAAUCUCCUGGAACAAGUCCAUUCAUUCCUGCAACUGGGUUGGUAUUACAUGCAGCAAACAGCACCAAAGGAUAACAUCCUUAGACCUUCACGGCUAUAAUUUGAAAGGAUCUAUAUCACCCCACAUUGGAAACCUCACCUUUUUGAGGUUCAUCAACCUCCAAAACAACAGCUUCCAUGGCGAAAUUCCUCGGGAAGUUGGUUUCUUGUUCCGGCUGCAAUAUCUCAAUCUCAGCCGCAACAUUCUAGAAGGUCCAAUUCCGGUCAACUUGACUUUCUUCUCUGGCCUCAGAAUCAUGAGCCUUGGAUUCAACAGGCUUACAGGGGAAAUUCCAGAGGAACUUGGCUAUUUUGUGAAGCUUGAGGCACUUCAUCUUAGCCAAAACAAUCUGACAGGCAGCAUACCAGCUUCUCUAGGCAACCUUUCAUCAAUCAGGCAACUUUCUUUAGCAUAUAACAAUUUGGUUGGGAAUGUUCCAGAUGAAAUUGGCAGAUUGAAGAAUUUAUCUUAUUUUACUCUAGGGCCUAAUAACCUUUCUGGUAUGGUUCCUCUUUCCCUUUUCAACAUAUCUUCUCUGAGCACCUUGUCACUUACUGGUAACCAAUUUCAUGGCACUCUCCCUCCCAAUAUAGGCCUCAAAUUGCCCAACCUCCAACAAUUUGCCAUUGGUGGUAAUGAAUUUUCCGAGACAAUCCCGGAAUCAUUCUCCAAUGCUUCUCAGCUUCAAAUACUUGAUAUUGCUGAGAAUGAUUUUGUAGGAGAAGUUCCAGCCAGUUUGGGAAAUCUCCCGGAUCUCUGGUGGCUUGGUUUAAGUAACAAUAACCUAGGAAAUAAUUAUUCAUCCCACAGUUUGGAUUUCAUUACCUAUUUGACAAAUUGCAGCAAUUUGGAAAUAUUAGAUUUGAGUUUGAACAAUUUUGGAGGUGUUUUACCCAAAUCUGUAGCCAAUUUGUCAACCCAAUUGAAUAAGCUAUACUUAGGAGUGAAUAAGGUUUAUGGGUAUAUUCCUGAAACAUUAGAAAAUCUCAACAACUUGAUUGUCUUGGGGUUGCAGGAUAAUCUUUUCACAGGUGUUAUUCCAACUUCUUUAGGAAAGUUGCAAAACUUGCAGAUUUUGGGUUUGGAGUGGAAUAAAUUAUCAGGAAAGAUCCCCACAUCCAUAGGAAACCUUACUCAAAUGUUCCAACUUUACCUUGGAAAUAACAAAUUGGUAGGAAAUAUUCCUCCAGACCUUGUGAACUGCCAAAAUUUGCAGUACUUAGACAUCUCACUUAAUAGGCUUAGUGGAUCUAUACCACCACAGAUUUUUGGUCUUACUUCCUUAUCAGUGCUCCUGAACUUGUCACAAAACUCAUUGACUGGAAGCCUACCUACAGAAAUAGGCAAGCUGAAGAAUAUCAAUGUAAUGGACUUGUCUGAAAACAAUCUGACCAGCGAAAUCCCAGAAACCAUUGGAGAUUGCCAGAGCCUGGAAUACCUUUACUUACAAGGAAACUCCUUUCAAGGAGUUCUUCCUUCUAGUUUGGCUUCUUUGAAUGGUAUUCGAUAUUUAGAUCUUUCGCGAAACAAAUUGACAGGGCCAAUCCCAAAAGAUAUGCAGAAACUUCCUUUCUUGCAGUAUUUGAAUCUUUCUUCAAAUAAUCUGGAAGGUGAAGUACCAAAAGGAGUCUUUCACAAUGCAAGUGGAAUUUCAGUGGCCGGAAAUACUAAGCUUUGCGGCGGAGAACAAAAAAUAUUGCAGCUACAUUCAUGCCCCAUCCAAGCAACGAAACAGGGAAAGACAAGCCGUUUCAAAGUAACAAUCAUAAUCAUAUCUUGUGUGGUUGCAAUUUUCAUUCUACUUUCGAUCUUCGUUUUCCUUUGUUGGAGGAGAAAAUCGAAAAAGAAACCAUCCUCUGAACUCUCAACAAUCAAUUUCCUCUCAAAAGUUCCAUACAAGAGGCUUUAUCAGGCAACCGGCGGAUUUUCUCCAGGCAAUCUCAUUGGAACAGGUGGUUUCGGCUCUGUAUACAGAGGAAUCUUCGACGAGGAAGAAAAUACAGUUGCCAUAAAAGUACUCAAUCUUCAACGAAAAGGAGCUUCCAAAAGUUUCAUUGCUGAAUGCAAUGCAUUCAGAAGAAUCCGGCAUCGAAAUCUUGUUAAGAUCUUAACAUGUUGCUCGAGCAUGGAUUACAAUGGCAAUGAGUUCAAAGCCUUGGUUUUCGAGUACAUGCCAAAUGGAAGCUUAGAGAAGUGGCUACAUCCAGAUGUAGGCAUUGAAGGCCGAUCAAGAUUGAGUUUGAAUCUUCUUCAAAGACUAAACAUUGCCAUCGAUGUGGCUUCAGCAUUGCACUAUCUUCAUGACCAAUGUGAAGAGCCUAUCAUUCACUGUGAUUUGAAGUCUAGCAAUGUUCUUCUUGACAAUGAAAUGGUUGCUCGUGUAAGUGAUUUCGGAUUAGCAAGGUUAAUCUCAGCCACCACUGGCUAUUCUCGAAGUGAAACUGAAAGUAGCACUAUUGGAAUAAAGGUAACCAUUGGCUAUGCUGCUCCAGAGUAUGCAAUGGGUAGUGAAGCAUCAAGGCAUGGGGAUGUGUACAGCUAUGGGAUCCUUGUGCUGGAGAUGUUCACAGGAAAGAGCCCUACAAAUGAAAUGUUCAAAGAUAGCUUCAAUCUCCAUAAAUUCGUUGGCAUGGCUUUGCCAGAGAGAGUUAUGGAAAUAGUGGACUCAGCUCUUGUCCCAAAUGAGAUUGGCUUAGAAGAGGAAGAUCAUAAAAACAUAGAUGUUGAGGAUCCAAGCCAUAUGAACAGUAAUAAUAUUGUGUUGAAGUGCUUACUCUCAGUCCUUAAUAUCGGACUUGGCUGUUCAGAAGAAUCUCCAAAAGAAAGAAUGAAUAUGAGAGAUGUCACCAGGGAGCUACAACAUAUUAAAAGUGAUUUCCUUGGUUGUGGAAUUCCUGGACACCGAAUGAGAAGAAGAUAAGGAAAAUGUAUGUAUGGAAUUAAUUAGGAUAUCUAUUAAAAAAAAUCAUAAUUUUUGUUUGUUUGUUUUUAGUUUUACACGUUAAUU